AUGUCUGAAAAUAAUAUUAAUGAGCUUGAACAGCUUAUUCAAAAUCUUGAAAACCAAUCAUUUUUAUCUAAUGAACAAAUUUUAGAAGAUCUUAUCAAUUUAGUAAAUAGAACAUUAAAAGCUUCUAAAUGUUGUGAAAAUCUUAUUCAUGAAAAGGAAACUGAAAUUAAAA